AUGGAAAAGAAAGCUUCUCAACCUACAGAAGAUGGCCAACAAUCCAACUCUGCAACCAAGGCUGUGGCUGAAGUUCUUACUAAGCACACUAAGAAGCCAAUGUUUCUUAAGCAUGUGGGGGUCCAGCACGUGCAUGUGAGAUCUAGUCGUAGCGAUCGUGAGGCGGAACAGGAAGGGCAGAAGAGGGGAAAUGCUAAGCUUCGGGUCCUUGUUCAAACCCCAAACAAUAAGUUACAUGAAUUAGAAGAAGCAAGGAUCAGGCAAGAAGAAGAAAGGACCAAGCAAGAAGAGGAGAACGGGAAAAAGCAAGCUGAGCUGGAAGCUAAAUUAGACUUUUUACUAAAUCAGAUUCAUGCAAGAUAA